GUUGUCUGCAUUUGCACGAACCUAACGGAUCAGGUCGCAAGCCACGCCACAGACAAAUCAGCCACUUAUAGAAGAGUGACAUUACCAGAUAUAUUCAGCUGGAUUUCAUUGGAACAAAAUGUGGGUCUGCAGAAAGUGCUUCCAUAAUAAUGAUAGAAAUGACGCAGUUUGUGCAAGCUGUGGAACGGCAAGGAUAGUGGAUAAUAGGCCUCAAAAUCCUGUUCUAGCUCCACCAUCAUGCCAGAAGUGCAAUUCGCCACUAGAUCCGAACAUUCGCCAUUGUUUGAAAUGCAAGAAGGCGGAGUUGAAGCCUUUUGUGGGCCCAGUUCCACGAGACUUUGUUAAAAAGGAUACAAAGGAGGAUCUCAGGUUGGUGUUGAUUGGUAGAACUGGCGGUGGGAAGAGCGCUACAGCAAAUACGAUAAUAGAUAAGGAGAACUUUGCUUCCAAGAGAUCGCUUGCAUCUGUCACAAAGAUAUGCGAGUAUGUAUGCGCUGAACGCUUUGGCCGAAUGGUUCAGUUAGUAGACACGCCAGGUCUGCUUGACACGAAUAUGAAGAAAGAUGUGGUGGAGACUGAGAUCAAGAAAAGCAUUGGAGUGUCCUCACCUGGCCCGCAUGCCUUCCUGUUGGUCACGACCUUAACGCAGAGAUUCACCGACGAGGAAGAGAAAGUUUUCAAAGAAAUAGAAGGCAUGUUUGGGAAGGGCAUGACAAGGCACUUGAUUGUUGUCUUCACAUGUAGGGAUCAGAUUACCCCGAAUACCGAAGUAUCCGAGUUACUUUUGGAAGCCCCUGAGUGCCUCAAGCAGUUAAUCGAAAGCGCAGGCGGCGGUUAUCUUUGCUUCAACAACAAAGGAACAAAUGAGGAGAAAGAAACGGAUGUCAAGGCUCUUUUUUCUCGCAUUGAUGAGAUGAUGGCCACAAACAAAACCCCUUUCUCUUCCACAAUGUAUCAGCAGGGAGAGGGACUGAUGAAGGAAACAAUCAAUAGCAGACAGAGGGAAGAAUAUGAGAACAUAUAUGAGGAUGUAGUACAAGAACAGCUAAAAGAGGAUGUGGAAGAAAAGAUGAAAAGGGAAAAAGAAUUCUGCCAGGAACUUCUGAAGGCAGCGCCCCAAGAUGUAGAGGCGAUGAAGAAAGAAAGGGAGGCAAUCAGACAGGAGAGGCAAACUGACGCAGAUACAGAAAAUACUUUAGCUGAUAUGUUGGAGAAGGAGGCGAAAAUAUUGGUUAAAACAGAAGAAACAAAACAGCAAAUUCAAAAUGCUAAGGGGGAAGAACGAAUGAGGAUGCAUAUCGAAUUGGCCCGUGAUGAGGAGAACAUCACGAAAAUUAAAGCAGAGAGGGAGCAAGCUGAAGACAGGGUGAAAAAGGAACGGCUGAUAUACUUAAAAGCAUUAGUAGAACAGUUUAUUCGGGAGCAGGAACGAGAGAAAAUUCAAAAUGGCGACAUCUCCACUCUUCAUACAUUAAUGGCUGCAAUUAAGAUCAUACCACACUUUCUGAAUCUGUUCCAGGAAAGUUGACAUUUGAUGUUGUAAAACAUCCAUUUGGGAUAAUAUUAGGUCUUUGCCACCAAGCAGCCAUUUUUUAAGAUAACUUUGUGAAUUUGUUAUCUUACUGAAAUCUUAAAGGUUGAGAUAGAAAAUUAUUUUAUUUGUAAUGCAUAAGUUUGUAAUUAUACUUUUACUUUCAUUGCACUGAAAACAUAAGCGAUGAAAAAAUUUCAAUAAAACGUAAUAAUCUUUCAUGAGAAAAGGAGUCCAUAUGACUAAACAUCAUCUGUGUAUGAAUCUUUAUCAAGCUGUGAUCAUACCAUGUGUUCGCAAAAAGGUGAGCAUGUCUUGGUUCAUCAGUAGCACCACCCAGAAUUUACACAUGCAAAAAAGCAAGUCAAUUCACACGAAAAA